UUAUCAUUCAGAAGCUAAUAAGUGAAUAUGAAUGUACGCCUCGUUUGUUUAUGAAAUGUAUCUUCCUCCGGUGAACCUGAAAGCUCGAAGCACUUCACUUGGCAGCGUACCUGUCCUCCACUCUGACAUCGCCAGUGUGGAACACGCUUGGAUUCCGAUAGUUAUAUUUGAAGAACAGGCAGGUCUGAUAUUAUAAAAGUAUCGUAACAGGGAAAAGCUACUUAAACCUCAUCCUCUGACAAGCCUUAAACACAAUAAUAGCCCAGAACUAUUCAUCCUCAGGAGAGGUAGGCGCCGAACAAGCAUCAGACUAUACUCAACUAACCAAGUCUUCAUUCGGCGUCUGACAACAUUUCAUCUCUAAUCUUUUACUGAACAGUGAGUUUGUGGGAGAUGGAUCCAGACAAUCAGAGCCAAAGCCAGCCACUGCCUGAGAACCCAUCUGGACUAGCAGAGGUUUUAACCCCCACUCCAGCAGUAGUUCCAGGCACAGAAGCCCCAGCCUCCGACCCUUCUGCCUCUGCUCCUGCUCCUCAACUGUCAGUCCCAGUGCGGCCUCGACGGCCUCAGAGGACCCCCAGAAUAGAGGGCUCUGUGGACGUAUGUGAUCCCAAACCUGACCCUCCAGGUGCCAACCAGGACCGAUCCACCACUCAUGAUGCUCCAGCUGGGGCCAGCCAUCCUAAGCUCCUGCAGCCUGAAGCAGCCAAGCCCCAUGGGGGGCAUGGAGGGGCCACUGAAACCACUCUGAAGGCUGGCCCUAAAGUCCCAGGCCACCCCACAGGGGCCAGGAGCCCCAUCUCAAUGAGGGCAGUCUCAGUUCCCCAGCCACCGUCCUCCAGGUCUAUACCUCCCCAUCUCAACCCUCAUGCCCAGAGGGCCUUCUCUGUGGUGGGCACCGCGGACACACCGUCUCAGGUAGUGGAAGACUUCAGGGUGCACCUAGUCACAUGGAAUGUGGGCGGUGCCAUGCCGCCAGAUGACAUCACUGCUCUGCUGGGGUUGCACAUUGGAGAUGGAAACACAGACAUGUAUAUAAUUGGGCUACAGGAAGUCAACUCAAUGAUCAACAAAAGGCUGAAAGACGUUCUCUUCACAGACCAAUGGAGUGACGCCUGCAUGGAGAGACUCAGCCCCUUCGGAUACAUACUGGUGACGUCCCAGCGGAUGCAGGGGGUGUUGCUGCUGGUCUUCGCUAAGUACUACCACCUCCCCUUCCUCCGAGGGGUGCAGACAGAGACCACCCGCACCGGCCUGGGGGGCUACUGGGGUAAUAAAGGGGGUGUGAGUGCGCGCAUGUCUGUGUUCGGUCACACCAUCUGUUUCUUGAACUGCCACUUGCCGGCCCACAUGGAGAACUCUGAGCAGCGCAUGGAGGACUUUGAGAGCAUCCUGCAGCAGCAGCAGUUUGAAGGCCAGGCUGCCACAGGGGUGCUGGACCACGAUGUGGUGUUCUGGUUUGGAGAUCUGAAUUUCCGCAUUGAUGAACUGGAAAUUCCAGCUGUGAAAGCAGCCAUUGAUAACAACAAACUCACCAUGCUAUGGGAGAAAGACCAGCUGAACAUGGCCAAAGUCAGCGAGUCAGUGCUGGAGGGAUUUCUGGAGGGUCCUCUCAAAUUCCCCCCCACUUACAAGUUUGAUGUGGGGACAGAUACAUACGAUACAAGUGGGAAGAAGCGUAAGCCUGCGUGGACAGACAGGAUCCUGUGGCGUCUGAGGGCCACAGUUCCCUCUGGGCCGACCCCUAUUCCUGGGAAGAGAGGCUCUAUUUUAGGGCCGAGCAGCGGGACCAAGGUCACCCAGCACUUCUACCGCAGUCACAUGGAGUACAUGGUCAGCGACCACAAGCCUGUCUCUUCCAUCUUUACACUCCAGUUCCCCUAUAAGGUGAACAUGCCCCUGGUGACGAUCAUGGUGGAGGAUGAGUGGAACAGCAUUGCAGAUGCCACUUGCACGUUCAAGGCUGCACCUAAUUUCGCUCGCAGCUCCUGGGACUGGAUUGGGCUGUACAAGGUGGGAUUCAAACACCAUAAGGACUAUGUAGGCUAUGUGUGGGCCAAGCAGGAGGAGGCAGAUUACCAUAGAGUAGAACACGAGGUGACCUUUACUGAGGAUGAGUUGCCCAAGGGCUCAGGAGACUUCAUCUUGUGUUACUAUAGCAAUAACACGAGCACCCUCGUGGGUGUGACAGAGCCUUUCCAGAUCCAGCUGCCCACCUCCAGCCCUGCCGGUAGCCCCUCUGACGACAGCUCUGAUUUCACCUCUGAGGAUGACAGCGUGGUUGGUAUGAAGACCAUGUCCCGCAGUCCCAGCCCCCGGAAAAAGAAACACAGAGCCCGACACAGCCAUAGCCGCAGUCCCAGCCACAGCCGUAGCCGCAGUGGCAGCCCUGCACUGCCCAAAAUGAAGGGCCUCAAACUGCAGCCUGGCUCAGCCCACAACACCACAGAUGGGGAGAAGGAGAAGGCCUCAUCUGAGACUGGGGAUAGAGGGUUGUGAUGGAGCCCCUGUUAUUCUGCACUCACAUAACCAACUCUGUGUGGUUUCUUAGUACAUGAUGCACUGUACUGUAUUAUAUGUUUCCUUUAUUGAAAAUGUACAUUUUCGGGUGCCAUUUGUUUCAGGACUGGGGUUAGGCUUCUCGUACUGGAAGACUACUUUGUCUUGUGUGAUUUUUCUUAAGCUGUUUUCAAAUGUAUGUCUCCCUGUAGAUUCUCUCAUUCCUCUCACACUCUCUCUCUCACUCGGUCACUCUUUCCUCUCAGGUGUAGAAAAUGCAGGGAGUUUUUGGCUGAUUUUAAGAGAACCUUACAGGGCAAAUCAUUACCAAAUCUCAGGCAGAGGGAAUUGGCCACCAAAAUGCAUAUUGCCAGUUGUUUCACAGAUAUUUUGAAGCAGCAUAAUAUGUACCCCUCUGUAUCAGCCCUGGGGGCUUAGUCAGCAGGUUAACAUGUGCGACAGCUUGAGCAAAUUAUGUCUUUUGAUGAGGUGAACAAUUAUUUUGACUCCCAAAGGGAACAUUCCUUGCAAAUGGUAAUAAUCCCUAUUUGCUUUAGCGCAGGUCCUGUCCUACAUGUUGCUACAGAAUGGUGUCUGCUGCUACAUAUAUUCUCUAAGGGACCUGGUCCACAAGGGAUUUUUUUAUGAGUUUUGGAUUUUAAAAAAAGUAGAAUCACCAGGAAUUCAUCAGAAAAGGAGUUUAAUUUAGUAAAUCUGUUCCAAAGUAUUCCCACGAAUAAAAAAAAGAGACAUAUGUGAUCGGGGUUUAAUGUAAUCAAGGUAUGAAACGUAUGUUAUUUUAACAUUUAUUUUAGGACUUAGUUGUGGUCAAUUCGCAGUGUACAAAUGAUUAUUAUUAUGCUCCCGACCAUCCGAUCGGAUAAAAUCGUCCAGCGGCAGAAUGGAGUUGCCUACUCCUGCCUUAGGAAGUGGGCCAAGGAGAUGAACAUAGAGAGCCAACCCUUAAUGAAAUGUGAUUCCAUUUGCAUCCACUGUGUUAGACAGAGUUCUAAAUGCUAGGUGUAGUAUACUACUAGUAUAUGAAUACCUGCCGUUAUUCAUAAACCCUUGUGAGUUGGUUUGACUGCAUGGAUCUUCAAUGCCAUGAAGAAAAAAUAAGUUGAAGCAUUUUCACCUUCAGGGUACCGGUGUUUCCAGUUCUCUUAUUUUCUUCCCUGCACUUCACCUCUCUUUUUCCCUCUUUCUCUCUCUCGUGUCCCCUCUCUCCCUUUUCUCUAUUGGUGAUAGUGAUUAGCUGAAACUGUUCUGUCACUAGAAGUGAUGUGUUGGAUUGUUAACCUGUGACCUCCAAUUCAACACCCUAGACACUUUCUACCCAUGGGCUGUUAGCUUAGGACAGUGUGUGCUGUUGUACUGUAACCUCAUUGUGAGUGAUUUCAUGUAUGUAUGCCACUGUGUGUGUGUGUGUGUGUGUGUGUGUGUGUGUGUGUGUGUGUGUGUGUGUGUGUGUGUGUGUGUGUGUGUGUGUGUGUGUGUGUGUGUGUGUGUGUGUGUGUGUGUGUGUGUGUGUGUGUGUGUGUGUGUGUGUGUGUGUGUGUGUGUGUGUGUGUGUGUGUGUGUGUGUGUGUGUGUGUUUUGGGUUUACUAGAGUGAGUGUGUGAUUGUGUAUGACUGAUAGUGAUGUGUGUAUGUGCUUGCAUGGUUUUCUGGGCAUACUGUACAUUCCGGUACUGUGAUUUUGUGCCGUUAAAAGUGCUGUUUUUGACUUUUGACUGUUUGGAAAAAAUGUUAUGACGACAAUGUAAACACAAAAUUACAUGUUAGAUGUAGAUACAUAAGGAAGGCUGAAUCAGUUUGCUUGCAGAACAGCAAGAAAGACAAUUUCUUUCAUCCUAUUUAAACAAUAUAAAAAUACACUGUAGACAGUCUGAAGCUCCUCCAAGUUAAAUGAUCAGUGGAAAUGGCUUUAUAUUGUUGUUAUCCAUUGAUUAUGUGUAUCAAUCAAUAUAACUUAAUUGAUCCAAAGUAUGCUUAUAGAAAAGGUGAUAAGGAAAGAUCUGAAAGUCUAAUUCAAUUGUCUUUUGCUAUUUUAGUCUUUGGAAAUGUCUCUCUCCCACACUGUAUGUGGAAUUUUAAAUAUAUGAAUAAGGAAUGUUAUUGAAAGAUUAUAACGUGUUUAAAACAGGUGAGAGGUGGCUAUGUACUGUAUGUAAAUGUCAAAUAUCAAAUAGAGAACAUAUGACAAUCAAUGCCAAAAAUUAUGCAUAUAUUUUCUUAUUUUAUUGUGUCAAAUGAGAACCUGAAUUCUGCUGGCAGGUGUGGGAGGACAAUGUUAAAGCAAACGGGUUUAUAGUCAGUUCUAUUUAAUAUAUAGUGUAUACAUAUUUGUUUGUAUUUAUUUUAAUUUUAUAUUUAUUCAUGCACACAACAUAGUUUUAUGUGGAGGCAAAAAGAAACAACCUCUUGACUUUGUUUAUCUGUGAUUUCAGAUCAAAUGUCAUUGUUUUAAAUGGUAUUGUCUCUGCUAGCUUGUAUGUGAUUGGGAUUAAAACAACUGGAAAACAUCA